AAUUUCCUAGUGUAACUCACUUUCUUUUACAGCUAACACGUCCCCAUAUCUUUCCUUUUAGCCUUUGAGACCUCCCUCAAAACCUCACAACCAGUUCUCAUCUUUCUUCCUCUCCUUCCCUUCUCUCCCAUCUGAAUAUUUUUACAUAACUUUCAUGGUGGUUUGAUUUUCUUGUUCCAAAUUUGAUUUCUGUAAUUGGGUUUUUUUUGUUUCAAAGAUUUAAACACAGAAAAAAAUUACACACAAACAUGUUGGAUCUUAACGUUAAUUUCAUCACCAUAACUGAGACAAAAUCAAUGGAGGUUGAAGAUUCCGGGACCUCCAACUCCUCCGUCGUCAAUGCCGAAGAAGCUCUGACUCCGAGCAAUGCUGGAGACGAAGACUCCACCAACAACACCACUUCCUCUUUCAUGUUUGAUAUCCUGAAGAGAGAGAAAGGUGGUCUCUGCAAUUAUGGGGCGGGAGACCAAACGCAAUCUAUGCAGUUCGUGACGAGGUCGCUUUUUCCGGUGACCGGAGACGGCGGAGGAGGCAAGGAGGGUGAUGGGUACGGGUUGGGAUUGUCGUCAUCGUCCUCGUCAGCGGCAAGGCCUCAGGGGCUGAAUUUGUCGUUUGCCGAGUCGGGAGAGCAGACUCAGGCCGAGCUGAGAGUUGUACAGCAGAAAAAACAGCCGCCCAGGAAGAGCCGCCGCGGGCCAAGAUCCCGGAGCUCUGAGUACCGCGGCGUCACGUUUUACCGCAGGACAGGGCGGUGGGAGUCGCAUAUAUGGGAUUGUGGGAAGCAGGUUUAUUUAGGUGGAUUUGACACUGCUCAUUCUGCAGCUAGAGCAUAUGAUCGAGCUGCAAUCAAGUUUCGCGGAGUUGAUGCCGAUAUCAAUUUUAACCUAGGAGAUUAUGAGGAAGAUAUGAAACUGUUGGGGGAUCUGAAUAAAGAAGAAUUUGUGCACGCGCUUCGUCGCCAAAGCACAGGAGCCUCACGUGGGAACUCAAAAUACAGAGGCGUAGCAGCAGCUGCUCUGCCUAAAUGUGGUGCCAGAUGGGAAGAUCUAAUGGGACAAGUUCCUGGGAAUAAUGUCUUUGAAAAGAAGGCCGUCAAAUGCAGGACCGGAAGAGAAGCAGUUACAAACUGUGACCCCAAUGUCUACGAAGGGGAGAUAGUUUUACAUGCUAGCAUUGAAGGCAGUAGUCACAACCUUGAUCUGAACCUAGGGAUUUCUCAACCUUGUUCUACUGGUAAAAAAGGGAAGGGAAAAUUUGGGGAUUUUCAAUUUCCUAACGAGAAGCCAAUGGUUAAUGGGUUUUGUUCUGCGGCUGUGGGAGUGGGACAACCCCCUCAUGUUUUAACAAUGGUAGCCAAGCAUCCUGCCCUAUAUCCAGGUUUCGUACAAAAACAUGAGGAAAUGGCUUCAGGUCAUAACAGAUUGCAACCAAUUUCUUCGCCGAGAUACACAAACUGGGCAUGGCAAGUUCAUGGAAACAGCAACAAUGUCAGCCCAAUGCAAGUGUAUUCCAUUGCAGCAUCAUCAGGAUUCCCAUCUUCCACAGCUACUACACCUCCAUCAGCUACUUACCUUCCUCCGAACCUCCAAGACGGUAGUGCUUCCGCCUACAACGUCCGCCGCCUUCCCUUCCCAGCCGCAUCCAGCAUGUACUAGUGCUUUUGAAAGGCUGGCUAGGUCAUGAGCAAAUGUACUAGUUUGUAAUGUGCAGAGAUGUUAAUUUUUCGUUUCGAAUGUGUUUCACAUUAUCAAACACAGUGGUGUGUAUAUGACCAAACAUUGUCCUUG